AUGGCGUCGCUCCCUCGGUUCCGAUUUCUGGCAAUCGCUGUCAUAUUCCACCUUGUGUACAUAUUCUCUAUCUUCGACAUAUACUUUGUUAGCCCAAUUGUCUCGGGCAUGCGCUUGUUCCAAAUAGAGAGACCCGAAUCCACUCCACCACCCGCAGAUCGUCUAGUGCUUUUCGUCGGCGAUGGCCUCCGAGCCGACAAAGCCUUCCAAUCGCAUCCGGAGCCCUACCCCAAAACCGACGACGACCUCGUUCCCCGGCCUUUGGCCCCGUUCCUACGAUCAAAGGUCCUCGGAGAAGGUACCUUUGGUGUCUCACACACGCGUGUCCCGACCGAAUCUCGUCCCGGGCAUGUAGCCCUAAUCGCCGGUCUCUACGAAGAUGUGUCGGCAGUGACCACGGGGUGGAAGUUGAACCCCGUCGAUUUCGACAGCGUGUUCAACCGCAGCCGGCACACAUGGAGCUGGGGAAGCCCGGAUAUUCUGCCCAUGUUUGAGCAGGGCGCGGUUCCAGGACGGGUGGACGCUUUUAUGUACGGUGCUGAGCUGGAGGAUUUCUCCUCGGACGCCCUUGUGCUGGACCUCUGGGUGUUUGACCACGUCAAGGACCUGUUCGCUGAGGCGCGCACCAAUCAGACUCUCAACGAGGCGCUGCGACAGGACAAGAUUGUCUUCUUCUUGCACCUACUAGGGCUAGACACGACAGGACACUCGAACCGGCCGUAUUCCAAGGAGUAUCUUCACAACAUCAAAGUGGUGGACGAAGGGGUUCAGCAAAUCGCCGAGCUCAUGAAUGACUUCUACAAAGACGACCGGACAGCUUUCGUUUUUACCGCCGACCACGGUAUGAGUGACUGGGGAAGCCACGGCGACGGUCACCCCGAUAAUACCCGUACUCCCUUGAUUGCCUGGGGCUCAGGGGUAGCCAAGCCCCAGCUGUACCCCGGAGAGGUCGCGCCUGGUCACGAUGAGUACUCCUCGGAUUGGAAUUUAGACCAUGUAAGGAGGCAUGAUGUUGAGCAGGCUGAUGUGGCCGCUCUCAUGGCGUACCUUGUCGGAGUCGAGUUCCCCGCCAACUCCGUCGGCGAGCUACCUCUUUCGUUUCUGACAGCCAGCCUAAAAGACAAGGCGGACGCUGCGUUGAUCAACGCGCAAGGCAUUCUCGAACAGUAUCGAGUUAAGGAGGAGAUGAAGAAGGCCACUGAAAUGCGGUACAAACCCUACGAGGCCUUGAGUGAUGGUGGGUUAGACGCUGAAAGCCGUGUGGCCUAUAUUCAACAACUCAUUGGAGCUGGCAGCUACGAGGAGGCUAUUGAGGAAUCGGCCGCCCUUCUGAAGGUUGGUCUUAGCGGUCUGAGGUAUUUGCAGACGUAUGACUGGCUCUUUCUCCGGGCCCUCAUCACGAUAGGGUACCUCGGGUGGGUGGCGUACGCCAUUGCCACAGUUAUUGAUCUCCAUGUGUUGCAUGGGCGUCUCCAGCCCUCCCGAACUUUGGGUGGGGUUGUGGCUGCAACCUCCGCGUUGGCUGCGCUCUAUGCGUCGUUCGUCGUUUCUAAGUCGCCGCUCACCUACUACGCCUACGCCUUCUUCCCAGUAUUCUUUUGGGAAGAGGUGUAUGCACGACGAAGCAGUUUGGUAGAGGGCCGCAAAGAAUUGUUCGGCCACGUCAAAUCUGGAGGUAGUCUUGUGUCUCUCAUCUUCAACGGCGCCGUCUAUGUCGGAAUCAUCGAGUCUCUGGCUCUUGGGUACAUCCACCGUACCGUCCUAACGGUCUUGUUUGUUAUUGGCGCCUUCUGGCCGGUCGCCUACGGUUUCUCGUUCCUACACCAGCACGGCGCCCUGUCAUUGAUGUGGUUCCUCUCAUGUAUCGCCAUGAGCAUCUUCACGCUCCUUCCGCCAGCCAUGACGAGUGAGGACGUCAACAUGAUCGUUAUCGGAGGCGCAUUAAUGGUUAUCGUCGGCGUUUUAUAUCUUAUCAUGGAGGACUUUGUUCUCUCCGACUUUGGCCGCUCUGGGAAACCCUCGUCACCCAACCAUGUCUCGAGGACUCUUGUGGGCGUCCAGAUCGGCAUGACCCUACUUGCUAUUCUAGUCACGCGGUCCAGCGCCCUGUCUUUACAAGCGAACCAAGGUCUUCCUCGCGGCAACCAGAUUGUGGGCUGGAUCAUCCUCGUUUCAUCCCUCCUGAUGCCACUCGCGUACAGGGCUCAGCCGAACAACCACUACAUACACCGGAUCCUUGUCAUCUUCCUUACCUGCGCCCCUACCUUUGUCCUCCUCACCAUCUCCUACGAGGGUCUCUUUUACGUCGCCUUCUCCACAACCCUGGUGAGCUGGGUCCGGCUUGAGCACGCCGUCUACCUUUUUUCUCCUCCUCAUCGCCCGGCUUCAACCACCGCCAACAACAAGAACGGCUCGGCCCCUACCCCCGCCACCUCGACGGAUGCUAUCACGACCACCGUGAACGAGCAGACACGCCUCCCCGCCCCCUUCCGCCCGCUAACCCUCCGCGAUGCUCGCGUCGCUCUCUUCUUCUUCGUCCUCUUCCAAUCCGCCUUUUUCAGCACCGGCAACGUUGCUUCCGUCUCUGCCUUCAGCCUCGAGAGCGUAUCCCGCUUAAUCCCCGUGUUCGACCCCUUCUCGCAGGGCGCGAUGUUGAUCCUAAAGUUACUGGUCCCCUUUGCGCUGCUGUCAGCGAACCUGGGUAUUCUAAACAAGCGGUUGGGCGUGGCGCCGUCGGCGCUGUUUAUGGUGGUCAUGGCGAUUAGCGAUAUCCUAACGCUAUACUUUUUCUGGGUCGUGAAGGAUGAAGGGUCAUGGUUAGAGAUUGGGUCGACCAUUAGUCACUUUGUGAUUGCGAGCCUUCUAUGUGGGUUCGUAGCAGCGUUGGAAGGGGUGAGCGCGGCGUUUAUCGCUGGAGUAGAAGUCACUGAGGAUGUGGUGAAAGCGGUGGGGGAAGGGCAGGUGGCAGACGUGUUGUUGGAGAAAACGGGCGAGGGGAAAUAG